CGAAAUGACACUGUCAUUAUGACAGAUAGGAUGAGUAAGUCAUGGUAAGUCAGCUACGGUUAUGGUUGUAUUUUCCAUAGUUUUUUACUGAGUCUAAAAUAAUAUUUUGGCACUAGAUAGAUACACAAUUUACAAAAAUUCAGAAUGUUUUCGAAAAAAGAAAAACCAAAGAGGAACCACGCAGGAAAAUCAUUGUCUCAGUAUGGAUUAUUUGAAGUACCCUCAGACUUUGAUACAGGACUAGGAAAUGAGGAUGAUGAUGAUGACGAUGAAGAUUUGGAGGCUGAAUUGGCCGCCUUGGCUGGAGGAGGUGGAGCAUCAAAACCAAAGAGGCCUCCCAGAAAAAUAAUUCCUCAGAGGGAGUUAGAUUCAAUGGUUUCAGAAUCAAUGAAGGAUGUAGAUGAUGAUGAUGUGUCUAUUGAUGAAAAUGAUCCUGAGUUGCUUAGUGAAUUGAAUGAUAUUGUUGGUGAAGAUGAGCCAGAAGAAGACUCAUCCCCUUCUCAAGAGGCCCCACCACCUGCCAGUAGUUCUGAUAUUGUAAAUAUAUUAGUAGAAAGGCUUAAAAACUAUGAAAUAUGCGAAGUAAAGGCUAAAGAAUCUGGAGAAACAACGAAAGCUAGACGAUAUGGCAGAGCUAUUAAGACAUUAAAAGACCUUAUCAAGAGAGCAAAGUCAGGUUCACCUAUAGAUUUAAAUGAUGACAGUAUCCCUCCUGAUAUUCAUCCAAGUACUGCAGCUCCAGCACGUCCUGCUCCACCAGUACCACAAAGGCCAACACCUCCUGAACCACUCUCUCCUACAACCACAGAUUCACCACAAGAGCCUCCUACAGAAGAUUUGGUCAGUAUUCAACCUGAAGCACCCGCUUAUGACCAAGAAAAGUUGAACACUCUUCUACAAGGUCAAAAGCAGUAUAAGGUUGCUGCAUUGAAGGCUAAACACGAAGGAAAUGCACAGAAAGCUGUUUUAUUUUUAAAAGUUUCUAAACAAUUUGAUAUUGUAAUUGGCGCUCUUAAAAGUGGCCAGCCUGUAGACUUGAGUGAUAUGCCAGGUCCACCAGAGACCUUUAGUAUGCCCGAACCCCCUACCCAAGAAAGUGAAGUUCAGCAAAAUAGUCCAGCACCUGCUGAAGAGGAACCUGCUGCAGCUCCUCCUGCUUUAAUAACUGCCUCAUCCACUAUGGAAGCUCUGCAACAAAGACUGGGUCUUUAUAAGGAACAGGAAGCGAAGGCAAAGGAAGAAAAUAAUUCCAGUAAAGCCAGACGAUAUGGAAGGAUCAUCAAGCAGUUUGAACAGGCUAUCAAGGCUAAUAAAGCAGGCAAACCGUUUGCAUAUGAAGAACUGCCGACUCCCCCAGGAUAUGGACCGAUUCCUGGAGUACAACAGCCAGCUGCUGAACCUGCUGAUCCAGCUCCAGCUGCACCACCUAGACGACCAGCUCCACAACCGAGCAAUAGUGGGGAAAGCAAGCCCAGUCUACCUAGUCCCGAAAGUAAACCAGCAAGAAUGAUACCUAAGCAAACCCAAGCAGAUAAGCAAAUGGUGAUACUGGUAGCUAAACAAAAGCAGUUCAAACUGGCGGCGUUGGAAGCUAAAAAGAGAGGAGAGAUGGCCCAAGCCAAAGAGUUUUUACGUCAGGCCAAAGGGUUCGAUAAGCUGAUAGAAGCUUCUAUAGCAGGUCUACCUGUGGAUUGGUCUUCUAUUCCUGUUUCUCCGGAAGCAAAGUCGCAGUUGGACAAUGAAUACGAUAUAGCCAUGUCAGCCGAGAGUGACGAUUCUGCUGGAAUAGAUGGUGACCUCUUCGCAAGAUUGGAAACACAGUUACAGAAACAAUUAAAAAUGUGCCUUACUACUAGAGAUCACAACAAAGCUAUUGGUGAUGUUGCAGGAAUGAAUAGAUUUGAAAGGUUUGCUCUAAACGUCACUAAAGACAUGGACGUGGUUCGCGCGGCUCGAAAAGAGGGACGGAUUCCUAAAUUCCACUACGAGACGAAAGAAUUUGCUAUUGUUAAGUGCUGUCCCGAAAUCGAAGACAACCAAAUGGAGGUGACCGUUCACAGAGGGCUCAAUAUCAGCACCGACAAGGACAUAGAUACUUAUGUGAAAAUGGAAUUCCCUUUUCCGCAGGAAACUCCAUAUAAUGAUAGAACUUCAACAAUGAAGAACACAAACAACCCUGACUUUCAAAAAACCUUUGUUGUACCGAUACAGAGGAAUUCCAGAGUAUGUCAAAGAACUUUCAAGAGGCACAGUCUGAAGUUUGAGUUGUUUUCUAAAGGAUGCGCCUGCUGUGGCUCUCCAGUUACCUGUCCCGGCUGCUGUUCGUUUUUGGGAGGAUUACCAUGUUUUUUCGGCUUCUUCAGGAGCGAUGCACUCGUUGGAACCGUGAAUCUGAAACUACAACCUCUCGAAACGCAGUGUGAAAUCCACGACACAUUUGAUCUAUUGGAAGGUCGAAAGAAGGUGGGAGGUAAGCUGGAGAUUCAAGUGAAGUUAAGAACACCAAUUCAGACUCAACAGGUCGAGCAAAUUCAAGAGAGGUGGUUAGUGGUCGACCAGUAAUCGCUUAUUGUUGAUAUUUAGAGUUGCUAUGAAAUUAUUUAUCAUAUUAUAAUGUAUAGCUUUAACUUUUAUACAGUGAGCACGUAAAGGUUGGAAUAAAUUCAUUUUCUCGAGAACGGACGAUUUUGGAAAAAAAUCCCGAAACAGGUCAAUUUUUAUUUUUAAAUUACGACUUUUUGGCAUAUAUAUUAUACUAGUGACUUCACCCAUCUGGGCGUGAUGACGUCAUCGAUGAUUUUUUUAAAUGAGAAUGGGGGUCGUGUGAUAGCUCAUUUGAAAGGUAAUUCAAUUCUCUAUUCAGUAAUAUAAACAUUAACAUAAUUAUUUAUACAGGGUGUCCAAAAAAAUUGUUUUGGAUUCAAUUUAUUGGCAUAAAAAGAAGAAUGUAUGUAAUUUAUUUAAUUCAAAAUACAUUUUACUGCUCUCAGAAAACAGAAAAAAAAUGUAUAUUUGCAAAAUAAUCAUUGCUUUUCGCUUAAAUUAAUUGUUCAAAUUGUCACGAGGCUGGUGGGUGGCUGCUUUAAUAUUGAAUUUAAGCAAAAAACAAUAUUUAUUUGCCAAAUAAACAUUUUUUUCCUGUUUUCUGAUAGCAGUAAAAUGUAUUUUGAAUUAAAUAAAUUACACACAUUCUUCUUUUUGUUUCAAUAAAUUUAAUUCAAAAAAAAAAUUUUGGGCACCCUGUAUAAAUAAUUAUGUUAAUGUUUAUAUUACUGAAUAAAGAAUUGAAUUACCUUUCAAAUGAGCUAUCAGACGACCCCUGUUCUCAUUUAAAAAAAUCAUCGAUUACGUCAUCACGCCCAGAUGGGUGAUGUUACUAGUAUGAUAUAUACGCCAAAAAGUCGUAAUUUAAAAAUAAAAAUUGACCUGUUCCGGCAUUUUUUUCCAAAAUCGUCCGUUUUUGAGAAAAUGAAUUUAUUCCCACCUUUACGUGCUCACUGUAUAUGAAGGUGUACACACGAUCAAAGAAUUUGAUAUAUUGAUUGCACGAAUUAAUUACAAUAAGUUAAGAGAAAUGGAAACUACUGAAUGGUGUCCAAGCCUGUUAUGGCCGCUAACUUAUGUAUAUUUCCCACUACAGUGACCAACAUACCUUUUUAGUACUCUUACCAUCGUCAACUAUCUUUUGUGGAAGAAAAUAUAAACAAUCUUAUAUCUGUCAGAAUCUUUCAGAAGCACGAAACAUCAUUUAAAUCAAGUCCUCAGAUUGUUUAACUGUUUCAAACAAAUCUCCUUUUCCUACUUUUUUCUCCUUUGCUCUCCUCAUAUAUUCAUUAUUUAGCACAUUUCAGUGAAUUUAUAUUUGUUGAGCACAUUUGCAAUUUGUUUUUGUCUUUAUUGUCUUUAGUGGGAAAUUAGCUUAAACAAUUAUUGUAUUUUAAGUUUUUGAGUAUUUUUUUUAAAGUAACCCUUCCCCGCGUUUUUUUUCUCAGGCCUUAUAAUUUGCUGUAUAUCGAUUAUACACCACAUUUCAAUAGAUCAACCUUGGCUGAUUAUUUCAAUCGUGUUUUAUGUGAUAACAACACCUAUCUAGUGAGAAGUCUGGGCCAUUUUUAAUAGCCCAAAUAAGAGUUUCUAUCCCGUGAUGUGAUAUGUCGCUUAAUUUGAUAAAAUCUUUUAUGGAUCUGAUAUUUCAAUUCAGAAAAAGCACAAAAAUCAGUUGUAAUAUCAAUUCUUUGAUGCGUUAUGUUGAUGCAUUUUAAAAUGUAAUAUUUAUGCUAAAAUGAUUUUAUUAUAUUGAGAUUUAAAAUCAAAAUAAAAAAAAUAUUUUAAGCUA